AAAGUGUGACGGUCCACCCGUUAACAUAAGCAUCACUGGAGUGAAACCAGAAAACGUGAAAACAUACAAAUGUGAUUGUAUGAAUUUGCUACCAAUUUGCCGAAACACAAAAAGGGUUACAAAUUAUGAAAUUGUGUUGGCCAUAGCUGUUAAUAUAUUGUGUUUUUUCUAGCUGGAACACUGCAUCACCAUCCAGGACUGGAACUAUCCACUUUUUAAUAAUUGAUUAUAAUGACUAUAGUAAUACCCGAAGUGUUAUAAUUGCAUAACCAAAAUACAGCUAUUGAGGCCGGCACGUUUUGCAUGGUUUUUGGGUCAAAAUUCCAUAAUUACCCUUCGGUGUAAUUAUGAAUCAUGCCAGAAUAAUCGAACUGAAUCAUGACCAUACUUUCAUGAUGCUUCACAUAGCUUAAAUGCAUCAAUUGUAAUAAAAUUGAACUGUCAUCUGCUUGACCCACCUCUAUGAUCUGAAAUCCAACAGAAAAGCGGCCUGGGCCACUGAUGGACUUGAAGGCAUCGUGCUGCAGGAGUGGAAAGACUCACUUAUUCCGGUGUGAAGAGGGUGGGCAGUUACCAGAAGAGUUGACAAAAUCUAGGGGGCAGUGAGCAGAAGUGUCCGGCCAGGAACCAUGGGCGUCAGUAGCAGUUACAGCGGUUUAUCUAGGCUCGUCUUCAUUGGCGUUCUGGCCAUCUGCAUGGCUUUUGUGCAGUCAGAAACAGUUGCUGAUUCCUCCCCUACACUGCAGAAUGAUAAUCAGGACACACUAUCCGGCGCUGGAGGCUUCGAUGUGACAACAAAAAUCCCUUUUCAAGACCCCAAAGAAAACGCCUACACCUAUGAUUAUGAGGAUGGUACACACUCAAUAACCCUGGAUGAGGAGGAAGUUGUGCUGGGGCCAGGUGCCAUCACAGCUAUCGUCAUCGCCGUGUUCCUCGGAGCCUCUGUUCUUCUCGCUCUCGUUGUGAUCACGCUCAGAAAGUUCACUGCCUCUUAAGAGACAUUUAUGUGUUUUCAUUCCCUUCCUUUUCUCAAUCCCAUCUCUUCUUUUUACUCUCCUCUGAACUGUAUUUUCAAGUGUCUCAUUGGUGGAAGGUCCUUCAUGAAAUGGAUGCUCUUUGGUGAGAACUGUUUUGUGAUUUCUUUCUCCUAUAAAACUGAAGACAGAGAAAACCAGACUUAGGCUGAACAAAAAGGUAACUGCAAUCAAGAGAAAUUAUGGAUGCAUUUGUUUGGUGACCAUAUAAUCAAUGUCGAUAUCCUCUUGUAAUAAGGUUUAGACUGAAAUAUUAAAAGAAGGUAGAAUUGUUAUAUUAGAGACAUGUUUUAAGAUAUAGUUUAAUACCAUCCAUGUGCAACUAGUUUUUUUUCAUACUGUAUUGUAAUGUAUACCAAUUUCCAAUUUUCUUGUCAUUCUAGAUUUGUGUAGAAUGAUCAUGUCCUUUAGAGUUUAAGAUAAAGUGUGUGUGAAUGUGUGUAUUGAGAGAAAUCAGAGCAGUCUUUGAGAGUGAGUGUUUUAAUUUAACUUUUAUACAUAAACUGAUGAAUUUGUUUGUCACCUUGUGAUUGGUCACUGAACAGAUAAAGAGACCAUGUUUA